AUGGCCGUCGGAAAGAACAAGAGAUUGUCAAAGGGCAAGAAGGGCCUGAAGAAGAGGACCGAUCCCUUCGCAAAGAAGGACUGGUACUCCGUCAAGGCGCCAUCCAGCUUCAACAUUCGCGAUGUUGGAAAGACCCUCGUGAACCGCACCACCGGUAUCAAGAACGCCAACGACGCUCUCAAGGGCCGCAUUUUCGAGGUCUCGCUCGCCGAUCUCCAGAAGGAUGAGGACCACGCCUUCCGCAAGGUCAAGCUGCGCGUUGACGAGGUCCAGGGCAAGAACUGCCUGACCAACUUCCACGGACUCGACUUCACCUCCGACAAGCUCCGCUCCCUCGUUCGCAAGUGGCAGUCUCUGAUCGAGGCCAACGUCGUCGUCAAGACCACCGAUGACUACCUCCUCCGUCUUUUCUGCAUCGCCUUCACCAAGAGACGGCCAAACCAGAUCAAGAAGACCACCUACGCCGCAUCAUCGCAAAUUCGUGCUAUCCGCAAGAAGAUGACCGAGAUCAUGCUGAAGGAGGCUCAGCAAUGCACACUCACCCAGCUCACCACCAAGCUCAUCCCCGAGGUCAUUGGUCGCGAGAUUGAGAAGAGCACACAGGGCAUCUACCCUCUCCAGAACGUCCACGUUCGCAAGGUCAAGCUCCUGAAGGCACCCAAGUUCGACCUUGGUAACCUUCUCUCGCUUCACGGCGAGUCAUCCACUGAUGACGCUGGUAACAAGGUUGAGGGCAACAAGGAGUUCAAGGAGACAGUUCUCGAGGAGGUGUAA